UUUAAAUUCAUAAUCAAACUUCCAAGGCGGAACUUAUUACAGAACCAAAACGAAAAAAGAUGGAGACAAAGUCAAGUGAAGUUGACUUGGAAGAGUUGCCGGAGGGUUGCAUAGCCAAGAUUUUAUCAUUCACAACCCCUCUUGAUGCCUGUAAAUUCUCCGUCGUCUCUAAAACAUUCCGAUCAGCAGCUGAUUCCGAUGAUCUCUGGGAGAAACUACUGCCCUCCCAUUACCACUCCAUCAUUUCCCGAUCCUCAACCUUUUCUUCUUCAUCAUCAUCGCUAAUAUCUUCAAAGAAACAGCUCUAUUUUCACCUCUGCCAUAAUCCAAUUCUUAUCGACGAUUCCAAGAAAAGCUUUUCUUUGGAGAAACAGAGUGGGAAAAAAUGUUACAUGAUUGCUGCCAGAGAUCUGAUGAUAGCAUGGGGCGGUACUCCUCAGUAUUGGCAAUGGAAAAUUUUUACUGAUUCCAGGUUCGCGGAGGUGGCUGAGCUUGAAUUUGUGUGGUGGCUUGAAAUUCGCGGCAAGAUUGACACUUCCAUACUCUCCCCUGAAACCAAUUAUGCAGCUUAUCUGGUAUUCAGGUUGCGUGAAGGUGCAUACGGGCUUGAUUCCUAUGCAACACUGGUUUCAAUCGGCAUUGUUGGCGGCGAAAAACAUAGAGGAACAGUUUGUUUGGUGCCUGAUGAGGAGCGGAGGCGGGUUCGAUCGCGAAGAAGCGGAAGUGAUCGCGUGGCGGGAUUAGAGAGUCCGAAGCGGAGACAAGAUUCGUGGCUAGAGAUUGAAAUCGGAGAGUAUGUGAACCGAGAUGGAGAAGAUGGUGAACUAGAGAUGAGUGUGAUGGAAGUGCAUGCUGCUAAAGCUGGCCUUAUUGUUCAAGGGAUUGAGCUCAGGCCUAAAGUGGUUCAAUAAUUUCAGGUCCAAUCCAAACUGACCUAAAGCGUUGGUCGGAAAUUAAGUUGGGGGAGCCUUUUAGUGAUAAUGGAAAAGAAGGGGUACUAGAGAGUAGAGAUGAUGAAGUAAUUGUUCCUAAUGGACUCAUUGUUCCAGGUAUUGAGAUCAGGCCCAAAAUUUCCAUUUGAACUUGAAGAUUUGAAACAGAAUUCGGCUUCUUAUUCCAAGCCCAAGUUUCUAAAAGA